UUCAGUCAAAUCAUCAGUCGAAUCACACCCAGACCCGGAAGAUGAGGAACUUGAAGACUUUCGCCCUCUUGGCCGUAAUUCUGGGCAUCUUUGCCUGCCAUUCCCUGGCUCAUUUACCGGUGGCUCAGCCCGAUGACUGUCCGCCGAAUAACAAUAAUCAUACAAAUGGCACUAAUGGAGAUCGCGAGGAUGAUGGCCAUUUGUGUGCCAACUUCCAGCACAUUCGGGAUCUAAUCGAUCAGGAGAAGCUAAGGACCCUGAUCCAGCUGCACUAUAAUUGCGAUGCCAAGUUCCGGCGUGCUAUGCGUUACUACAAGACCGCCGGAUUUGUCAAGGUCACCACCGAACUGACGGAGACGGAUGCCUAUCAGACCAUCUUGAGGGAACUGCGUGCUUCCCAUGUGGACACGGCGGAGAUUGAUAAUGUGGCCGAGAUCUUUUACUGCAUUGUCCUGCCUGUGGAGCAACCGGAUCGUGAGUGUGACUGCAAGAAGGUCAAGGGUCAUACCUUCGUCAACGAUCUGCUGUACAUAAUGCCGCGCGAGGAGAUCCAUGACUAUGUGGCCGAGUCAAAGGAGAAUCUAACCAACUUUGGCAACUUUACAAUCGCCGUCACCUCGCCGGCCUUCCAGGCGACCCUAAAGGCCAGCAUUAAAAAGAAGGAUGUGGCCAAACCUUUGCGCACUCUGCGCCGCAAUGGCUGGGACAUCCCGGAGCUUCUACGCGCCAUGCUGGUGAUUUUGAACUGGUAAUUACAAGGGGAAUACUUCCUCUGUAAAAGCAUAUCGUCUGUAUAUUUUGUAUGUAAACCAAAUAUAGCAACAAGUGAAACGAAACAAA